AUGAAAUUCGCCACAGUUUUAUUGUUUGUGACAGUCCUCGUCGCUGUAGCCUAUUGCCAGCCGGUUGAAAAUGUCCAAGCUGAAUCCUUGGCUGCCGUCAAUGCCGAUUUGGUUGUAGAUGCUGAUACGGGAGCCGUGCGCAAAGCUCGUGGUUAUUACGGAGGUGGCUACUAUCCAGGUGGAUAUGGAGGAUAUGGUGGUUAUGGCGGAUAUCCGGGAGGAUAUGGUGGCUAUGGCGGAUAUCCAGGAGGAUAUGGUGGAUAUCCAGGUUAUGGUGGUGGAUACAGCAGCAGCAACGCCUUUGCACAGGCUGGUUCAUCUUCCGGCUCUUUUUACGGUUGA